GUGGGGGAGUCUGCUGAAUGGCCUCUCGCUUCCCUAUUCAUUUCUUCUCCUGCUGCUUCCUGCGCUCCUUGGCCGCUGCCGCCACCAUCCCUCGGUUGGUGGGUGAAUGAAAGGCAGAGGCUGCGGGAGGAGCUGGUCUAAGAACUGCCCUGCAGACACUGCCGGACCGCCCAAGAGGGAACGAGCCGGAGCCAGAACUGGAGAUGUACGGUGUGUGUGGCUGUUGUGGUGCCCUUCGCCCCCGAUACAAGAGACUGGUUGACAACAUCUUCCCUGAGGACCCGGAGGAUGGCCUCGUGAAAACCAACAUGGAGAAGCUGACCUUCUAUGCCCUCUCAGCUCCAGAGAAGCUAGACCGGAUUGGUGCCUACCUCUCUGAAAGGCUUAUCCGUGAUGUGGGCCGCCAUAGAUAUGGCUAUGUGUGCAUCGCAAUGGAGGCUCUGGACCAGUUGCUUAUGGCCUGCCAUUGUCAGAGCAUCAACCUGUUUGUAGAAAGCUUCCUGAAGAUGGUGGCCAAGCUGUUGGAGUCUGAGAAGCCCAAUCUGCAGAUCCUAGGCACAAAUUCGUUUGUGAAGUUUGCCAACAUAGAAGAAGACACUCCUUCCUAUCAUCGGAGCUAUGAUUUCUUCGUGUCACGAUUCAGUGAAAUGUGUCACUCCAGCCAUGAUGACUUGGAGAUCAAGACCAAGAUCCGUAUGUCAGGCAUCAAAGGCCUUCAAGGGGUGGUGAGGAAGACAGUGAAUGAUGAGUUGCAGGCCAACAUCUGGGACCCACAGCACAUGGACAAGAUUGUCCCUUCGCUGCUAUUCAACCUGCAGCAUGUAGAGGAAGCUGAGAGCAGGUCUCCCUCACCCUUACAGGCCACAGAGAAAGAAAAGGAGAGCCCGGCAGAACUGGCCGAGAGGUGCCUCCGAGAACUGCUGGGCAGGGCCGCCUAUGGCAACAUCAAAAAUGCCAUCAAGCCUGUACUCAUUCACCUAGAUAACCAUUCUCUCUGGGAACCCAAGGUGUUUGCCAUCCGUUGCUUUAAAAUCAUCAUGUAUUCAGUGCAGCCCCAGCACUCCCACCUCGUGAUCCAGCAGCUCCUGAGUCACCUGGAUGCCAACAGCCGCAGCGCAGCCACCGUCCGGGCGGGCAUUGUGGAGGUCCUGUCUGAAGCAGCUGUCAUUGCUGCUACUGGCUCUGUGGGUCCCACAGUCCUAGAGAUGUUCAAUACUUUGCUAAGACAGCUACGGCUCAGCAUCGACUAUGCCCUGACUGGCAGCUAUGAUGGAGCCAUCAGCGUUGGCCCCAAGAUCAUCAAGGAGCAUGAGGAGAGAAUGUUUCAGGAGGCUGUUAUCAAGACCACUGGAUCCUUUGCCAGCACAUUGCCUACUUAUCAACGCUCUGAAGUAAUGCUUUUCAUCAUGAGCAAGGUCCCAUUGCCCUCUCUCCAUCACCCCAUGGAGACUGGAAAGACUGGGGAGAACAGGAACCGCCUGACCCAGAUCAUGCUGCUGAAAUCCCUUCUUCAGGUAUCCAUCGGCUUCCAGUGCAGCAACAUGCUGACUGCCCUGCCUAGCUCCUUCCUGGACCGGCUUCUUUCUGCUGCUCUCAUGGAGGAUGCUGAGAUCCGCCUCUUUGUCCUGGAGAUCCUCAUCAGCUUCAUUGAUCGUCAUGGCAACCGCCACAAAUUCUCCACCAUCAGCACCCUCAGUGACAUCUCUGUCCUAAAACUGAAGGUGGACAAGUGCUCACGGCAAGACACCGUGUUCAUGAAGAAGCACUCUCAGCAGCUCUACAGACACAUCUACAUGAGCUGCAAGGAGGAGACUAAUGUUCAGAAACACUACGAAGCUCUCUAUAGCAUGCUGGCGCUCAUCAGCAUCGAGCUGGCCAACGAGGAAGUGGUGGUGGACCUCAUUCGCCUCGUGCUGGCUGUCCAGGAAAUAGCCCAUAUCAAUGAAGAAAAUCUGCCUGCAUACAACCGCUGUGCCCUCUAUGCUCUGGGAGCUGCCUACUUGAACCUCAUCAGUCAGCUUACUGCUGUGCCUGCUUUCUGCCAGCACAUCCAUGAGGUAAUAGAGACGAGGCAAAAGGAAGCACCAUACUUGCUCCCAGAAGACAUCUUUGUGGAGAGACCCAGGUUGUCCCAGAGCCUAGACCAAGUGGUGAUUGAGCUCCUCUUCCGUCAGAGUAAGAUCAGUGAAGUCCUAGGGGGCAGUGGCUACAAUUCUGAUAGGCUCUGCACACCUUACAUCCCUCAACUGACAGAUGAAGAUCGCUUGUCCAAGAGGAAGAGCAUUGGUGAAACCAUUUCCCUUCAGGUGGAGGUAGAGUCAAGGAACAGCCCAGAGAAGGAAGAGAGAGUGCCCGCUGAGGAGAUUACCUAUGAGACCCUAAAGAAGGCCAUUGUGGAUAGUGUGGCAGUGGAGGAACAAGAGCGUGAGCGGCGACGGCAGGUGGUUGAGAAGUUCCAGAAGGCACCUUUUGAGGAGAUUGCUGCCCAUUGUGGGGCCCGGGCGUCACUGCUGCAGAGCAAACUCAACCAGAUCUUCGAAAUCACCAUCCGACCUCCCCCAAGCCCAUCUGGUACCAUCACAGCAGCCUACGGCCAGCCACAGAACCAUUCCAUCCCCGUCUAUGAGAUGAAAUUCCCUGAUCUGUGUGUAUACUGAGUGCCAAGAGUCAGAGGUCCUAUGGAGGAUGGGUUUGGGGAAGGUGAUCCCCACCCCCAUCCCCUACAGCAUGGAAUCCUAACUGAGAUCUCAGGCGAGAAAUAUAACUUCCAAAUGGUGGGCACCUUCCUGAGAAUGAAGUUCCUUCAACCCUUCUCUUCCUUCUGCUCUACCAUCCCAGCUUUGCCACACUGUCUUUCAGGCCCUCUGUGCCAGUGGGAGUCUACCCUGCCCACUCUGCCUUGCCUUCUGUGUCAUUUGGGGUCCUUUAUGAGGAGAGAUUUGAAGGUUCUCUCCAAAUAAGGGCCAGAGAGCCUUGGUAAUCCUUUGGUUGAUGAGUUGGAGGAAUUUUUUUUUCUUGGGGUGGAGCCUCUGAACCAUCCGUGGACAGGCUGUCAGGGUCCUGCCAAGGAUCUCAGUGGCUUUUGAGCCCAAUUUAACACCUGGGGUUGAACAGAAAAUGGAAAUAAGGAAGGGAGGCAUCCGACCUCUUGGGCAGCAUUGCCUAGAAAAAGGAAAGUGUUGGAGGUCUCUCUCUAGGAAUUUCCCAGCUACCAAGUGGAAGUUUGGAUCUCCCCCUAACAGAGCUGCUUCAGAAGGGGUGAGGUAUACUGAGAGUUUCAUCCUCACUGAGCAACAGACUGAAGUCCCUUCUGCCUGAUGUGAAAAGUCACCACAUAAAUGGGCCCAGGGGCUAGGCAGAAGGGAAUGGGGUGCCUUAGGAAUUUGGAGGAAAAUAGAGUUGGGACCAUGGCAGCUCUAAGAGCAGAAUCUGAAAGGAAGCAUGGGACAUCCUUUCUGGGGAUGCUAGUGCUCAACAAAUAGUUGAUACCAGCAAUUUUUCCUAACUCUUGUUCAUCCAUAAGAGUUGCCCUGGACCAGUCUCCUCUCAAAUGGCACAGGACCCUUGGAACCAGGGUUUAGAGGCAUUAUGGGAACCCAAAAUGAAAUUAAGGGCAAAGUCUAAUCUAAUGAAGGGAAAUAAAAUCUGGCAAGAUUGUGGGAUUGGGGAGAGGGAGCAAGGCCAUCUUCAGCCUUGACAUUGCUAGGGAGGCAAAUACAUUGCAUCCUGGGAGUCCUGUAUCAUGAGAAAUUAUAUCACAGAAUGCUCCCCAAUGACCCCCUUUCAUAGUAGGCAGCGAUGGGAAAACCAUCUCUACCUAGCUCCACCACCAAGAGUGGUCCCUCUUGGCUCUCUUACCAUCUCUACCCUGCCUGGGAUACUGGGUUAUGGUGUCUCCUUGGUCUCUCUUCCUGGAGGUCAUAGGCCUAUCGCUGGAGGUUCUAGGCUUGAGGGCAGGACAAGAGGUGGCUCAAGACAAUUGACACUCUCCAAAAAGGCAGGGGAUGACAGGAUGCCCCAAUGCCCUGCCCUGAAUCAUUCCCUCAUAGGGAAAGUUAUUUGCCCUGCCCUGGGCAUAGGGUCCUUGGGACUAUCAUUCCUAUAAAAGGAGUUUACCUGCUAGCACUGAGAAUAUUGUAUGUAUCUACCAAGGAAUGAGUGGGCCAGUUGUAUGAUUUGGGAGCGCAGUGUGCAAGCCUGUGUAUGUGUGGGAGGUAGGGUGGGGGAGGGGAAAUGUACAUAUGUCUUUUGGAUAAAGUCUACACAUAUAUUUUAUCCAAAUGAGGUAGUACCUCUGGACUCCAGAGUGCAACAGAAGCUUCUUCGAAUUCUAGAUUUUUAGGUGCCCCAUGUACCCUGCACCUUGUUAGGUACCCAAUAAACUUUUUAUAAAUGA